AUGAAUCCUUCACGUGCUAUUCAUAUCUAUCUAUCUAUCUAUCUAUCUAUCUAUCUAUCUAUCUAUCUGCCAAUAUCUGUCACAUUCUAUUCAUAUCUAUCUAUCUGUCACAUUCUAUCCAUAUUUAUCUAUCUAUUUAUCCAUCUAUCAUUCUACUCAUAUCUAUCUUUCAUCGUUUCUUUCGCAAUUUUUAUCUCUAUCAUUCGGAUGAUUUUCUUUCUUCCUUUCUAUCUUUCUUUCAUUCUUUCUUUCUUCUUUUCUUCUUUCCUUUGUUCAUUUCUUUAUUUCUUGCUUUCUUUCUUUUUUCUUUCUUCAUUUCUUUCUGUCUUCCUUCUUUCCUUUUUCUCUUCCUUCUUUCCUUUCUCUCUUCCUUUCUUUCUUCCUUCAUUUUUCUUUUUCUUCUUCAUUCUUUCUCCCUUCCUUCAUUUUCUUCCUCCCUCUCUCUCCCUUUCUUUCGAACUUGAUUUCUUCUUUCUUUCUUUCUUUCUUUCUUUCUUUCUUUCUUUCUUUCUUUCUUUUUAA